AUGCCUACGAAAAGGUCAUGGAGGGCCGCACUCGCGACGGUCGUGGCCGUGGCCGUGGUCGGGGUGAGGGGCGUGGCCGUGGUGAGGGACGUGGACGCGGUGAGGGCCGUGGUCGCGGGCGUGGUCGGGGCCGAGGGUUUGGCAGCGAACGCGCCAACUACCGCGCCACCGAGGACGAAAACAUCGAGACCGCUGCCCCUGUCGUCGAGUAAGAGGGAAUGACCACGUAAUAGUACGAUGGACAACACGCAUUGACUAUUGUUAUUUUUCUUUCGCUUCUCUAAGUGCCUACAAUUAUUAAAAAAAA